AUGGGUAUUGAUCCAGUUACCCACAAGCCAAAAAUUACAGCCAUUGGCUGCAGUGAUGGCAACUCCACUAAGGAUGUGGCUACUCUUAACCACAUGGCUCAACUCGAAGCCAAGGCUAGACUGGUUCGUGAGGCCAAACUUCUAGCAGCCUCCUCAAACCCUCCUCUUCAAUUCCACCAACCAGCUCGUCAAAACCUGACCACGAACAAAGCUGCUAUAGUGCCACGAGUAGGCAGAACCCAAUGUCUCGAUAUGCUCAAAGUGGGGCAAGGGAAAGUCUCCAACAUGUUUUCUGCCGUCACUUCUGCCAUCAAUGAUGUCAACUUGAUCGAGGGUUUAAAGUUGCCAACGUCAACGUUGAGCUUCUUGGAGAACACAAUACCAAUUACAUUAACCGUUGGAUUUAGUGAGAACCAAUUUGUCAGUGAUUCCCAUAUGUGCGGGGGCAUGGACUUCAAAGAUGUUGGCGUUUGGCUCGGGGAAGACAGAAGUGCCAAGGUCAACGGGAGAGCUUCUGGAGCAAUGGAAUCGAUAAAGGUGGAAGUGAUGACUCAGCGUUGA